UAUAGAUGUAUAGCCAAAGAAGUAUAUACCAUGAACCCGGAGAUUACAAUGGACAGCAUUGGGAAUCUGCAUGGUGGAAUAAGCCAUGAGCAAUCCACGGGCGAUCUGAUGAACAGUCACCAGCGGCAGGCCGUCUCAGCAGCUCACCGGGAACUGACGAGCAGAUCUGCAAUGGUCUCCAGCAUGGCUUCGAUCCUGGAUGGGACUGGGGAUUACCGUCCGGAGCUCUCUGUCCCUCUCCACCCGGCCAUGAGCAUGGCCUGCGAGUCUCCACCUGGAAUGGGCAUGAGCAGCACCUACACCACCCUGACCCCACUCCAGCCCCUGCCUCCCAUCUCCACCGUGUCGGAUAAGUUCCACCACCCUCACCACCAUCACCACCACCAUCACCAUCACCACCACCAGCGUCUCGCAGGCAACGUGAGCGGGAGCUUCACCCUGAUGCGGGAUGAGAGGGGCUUGCCGGCCGCCAUGAACAAUCUCUACAGCCCGUACCACAAGGACAUGUCCGGGAUGACUCAAAACCUCUCCCCUCUGUCCAGCAACCCCCUGGGAAACGGCCUGGCUUCCAUCCACAACAGUCACCAGGGUCUCCAGGGCUAUGGCUCCAACGGCCACGACAAAAUGCUGAGCCCAAACUUCGAAGCCCACACAGCCAUGCUGGCCAGGGGCGAGCAGCACCUGUCCAGGGGGCUUGGAGCCCCAUCGGCGGGCAUGAUGCCACAUCUCAACGGCAUGCAUCACCACCACCACCACGGUCACUCAAGUCACCACCAAUCUCACGGGCCCGUGCUGGCUUCCAGCCGGGAUCGGCCUCCCUCCUCCUCGGGCUCGCAGGCGAACAGCUCGGCUCAGCUGGAAGAAAUUAAUACCAAAGAAGUAGCACAAAGAAUCACGGCGGAACUCAAGCGCUACAGCAUACCGCAGGCCAUCUUCGCUCAGAGGGUGCUGUGCCGCUCACAGGGUACCCUCUCUGACCUUUUAAGGAACCCCAAACCUUGGAGUAAACUUAAAUCGGGACGGGAGACCUUCAGGCGGAUGUGGAAAUGGCUGCAAGAACCUGAGUUCCAGAGAAUGUCAGCCUUAAGGCUUGCAGCGUGUAAACGCAAAGAACAAGAACAGAACAAAGAGAAGAGCAAUACACCAAAGAAGCCACGGCUAGUUUUCACUGACCUCCAACGCCGAACUCUUUUUGCCAUUUUCAAGGAAAACAAACGCCCUUCCAAGGAGAUGCAGCUCACGAUCUCGCAACAACUCGGUCUGGAGUUGACCACCGUCAGUAAUUUCUUUAUGAACGCCCGGAGGCGAAGCUUGGACAAAUGGCAGGACGAAGCCAUGUCGAGCCCAGGGGCUUCAUCGUCGACCUCAAGCACUUGUACCAAAGCAUGA